GUUACCCUAGCCCUAGUUCACCAAUGACAACUUAGGAUGGCGGACAAAGGCGGAAACGGAGAUGGCGCAACAACCGUUAGAAGCUAUAGCCACCAUGACCGCAAAACCAAAGCUGGAGAUUCAAGCGACGGUGUAGACUCAAUCAGCUUUCUACCUGACGUAAUCCUCCAAAGUAUCCUAUCCUCUCUUCCGAUCAAAAUCGCCAUCAAAACAUCUAUCUUGUCCAAAAGAUGGAGGCAUGUAUGGUCAGAGACACCUUGCCUCUACUUGGACUGGUUUAUGCCACGUGGGCCGAAAGGUGAUAUUGUAAACAAAAUACUGGAUCGCUACAAGGCUCGCAAGAUGAUGAGUUUCGAGCUCAGUGCCGACAUGAGAGACGAUAUUCCUUACGUUGACAGAUGGAUCGAGUUCGCCAUGUCGCGAAACGUUGAGAAUAUGUCGUUGGAGUUCGAUUAUAGAGGUGACCAUAAGUGUUAUGUUCCUGAUUUCUUCUAUAUCAGUAACUCUUUCAAGCAACUCAGUGUUGAGUUGUUCUUUAGUGAUUUGAAUCUUCCCAGUUGUUCGGUAUCUUGGACAUCUCUGAAGAUGCUGUCCUUAAGGUCUUGCAAGAUCUCUGAAGAAUGCAUUGAUAAGAUUCUAUCUGGCUGUCCGAUCCUCGAAAGCUUAACCCUUUACUUUUGCGGUAAACUGAUGGUUCUUGAUCUCAGCAAGUCGUUGAGUCUGAGAACAUUAGUAAUCGAGCGUAACGUUUGGGUUCCGGGACCAACGCAUAUUGUUGCACCGCAUAUCCAUUGUCUCAGAUUGAGCAACUGUCAGUUACAAUGUACAUUAGUUGAUGUCUCAUCUUUAAAAGAAGCUAGAAUAGAUAUUUUCUGUAACGCACAGGAUGAUGUGGAGGCUGAUUUUCUUCAAGUCAUGGUGCUAAAGAUGCUAGAGAAGUUGCAGCAUGUAGAUAAGCUUACUUUCGGAGAAAACUUCCUCAAGAUUUUAUCUCUUGCGGAGCUUAGGUGUGUUUCCAUUCCGAGUUUCAAGGUCAAAGAUUUGACACUUACGACAAUGAUCUCUCAGUAUGUAAUUCCUGGUAUAGUCAGGCUGCUACAAAACUCAGCUGAAUUGAAGAAGCUAACAACAAUGUACACGAUUGAUGAUAUCGAUAUCAUACUGGGGGAGGAUAUUGACACGUACUUGGAUUUGCAUAGCUUGAAUAAGGAUCAGUGUUAGAGCUUGGAAGCGAGGGUCUUUAAGAACCUGAGACGUUUUAGUAUAGAGUCGAAGCACGUGGCUUCCUUCAUGGAGAUUAUGUGUAAAAACACAAAGACAUUAGAGACGGUGGUCGUUUGGUUGGAUAGUUAUCUUCAUGGUAAAAUUUAUAAAGAGUUGCUUGAGAUGGUUCCAAUGCUCGCUGACAAGAACAAUGUUUCCACAGUGCUCAGCUCUUAU